GCAAAGCUACCAAUUAAUUAUAGCAAGUUGCUAUUCCAUGAACCUAUUUCACCAUUGGUAAAAAGGGAAGGGGAAAUCUACUUCACAGGGCCAUAAUUAGAGUUCCUUACAUAUUGCCUUUUUAUAGUAGGCCUUUGGUAAAUGUUUCAUUCAAGGUGAAUAAAUCACAGUGGUUAAAAAAAGUGAAGAGUUAACCUCGGUGUCACUUUCCAGAGAAAUUGCUAUAAGGCAGUGUAUCUAGACAGGGAUUAUGCUUAACUGAGAUGCACACAGUUUAACAUCUGGUGUCAAACCUCGCUUCCUUCUUUGUGACCCCCCUAUAGAUGUUUGCUUUUUGGACCACUGAGUAAGCCAGGCCCUGAGAGUCCAAGCAUGAAUCCACUUCUGCCCUACUUUUAAGGAUUUAUAAUCCAUGCAGGAAAGCAGAUAAGCAUAAUUUCUGAAUAAAUAAAGACAACAAAAUGAAAUGGAUGCUGGUCAACUCUGAUGGAAAUUUUAAGAAAGAGACUAUGCCUCUGUGGUUCCCCAGCUUCACAGAAAGAAAAAAAAAAAGAAAGGUAGAUGCUCAGUUAGAGUGGGGUACCUACACUUGGAAAAAACGCAAGUGUAAGUCUGCCAUGCCCAUGAAUCCAAGAUGAAUCCUGGCACAGAUUAGGUCCUCAGUUUUUGCAAAAUUAAUUUUGAAUCUUUAUCACCCUGGCCAAUGCACUACCAUAACUCAAAUCUCACUAUCUACCUUUCUAUGUCAAUCCCAUUUUUAAAACUGUAUAACCUAUGAAAAAAAAAAAAAAGCUCACCAAAUCAAAAGAGAGGAAGUGCUAAGCAAAUACAGGAACCAAAAAGGGUUAUAGAGGCUGCCUUAUGCUGUCUCAUCCAGUUCCUUUGCGGUCCUCUUCUUCAGCACAUGCCAAAGCUGUUCCUCACGGCCUGUGAGACAAGAGCAUCUUGGAUGUAGGACAAUGGAAGAAUUAGAUGCCUUAUUGGAGGAACUGGAACGCUCCACCCUUCAGGACAGUGAUGAAUACUCCAACCCAGCUUCUCUUCCCCUGGAUCAGCAUUCCAGAAAGGAGAGUAACCUUGACGAGACUUCAGAGAUCCUUUCUGUUCAGGAUAACACAAGUCCCUUGCCGGCGCAGCUCGUGUAUACCACCAAUAUCCAGGAGCUCAAUGUCUACAGUGAAGCCCAAGAGCCAAAGGUAUCACCACCACCUUCUAAAACGUCAGCAGCUGCUCAGUUAGAUGAGCUCAUGGCUCACCUGACUGAGAUGCAGGCCAAGGUUGCAGUGAGAGCAGAUGCUGGCAAGAAACACUUACCAGACAAGCAGGAUCACAAGGCCUCCCUGGACUCAAUGCUCGGGGGUCUGGAGCAGGAAUUGCAGGACCUUGGCAUUGCCACAGUGCCCAAGGGCCAUUGUGCAUCCUGCCGGAAACCGAUUGCUGGGAAGGUGAUCCAUGCUCUAGGGCAAUCAUGGCAUCCUGAACAUUUUGUCUGUACUCAUUGCAAAGAAGAGAUUGGCUCCAGUCCCUUCUUUGAGCGGAAUGGCUUGGCCUACUGCCCCAACGACUACCACCAACUUUUUUCUCCACGCUGCGCUUACUGUGCUGCUCCCAUCCUGGAUAAAGUGCUGACAGCAAUGAACCAGACCUGGCACCCAGAACACUUCUUCUGCUCUCACUGUGGAGAGGUGUUUGGUGCAGAAGGCUUUCAUGAGAAGGACAAGAAGCCAUAUUGCCGAAAGGAUUUCUUAGCCAUGUUCUCACCCAAGUGUGGUGGCUGCAAUCGUCCAGUGUUGGAAAACUACCUAUCAGCCAUGGACACUGUCUGGCACCCAGAAUGCUUUGUUUGUGGGGACUGCUUCACCAGUUUUUCUACUGGUUCCUUCUUUGAACUGGAUGGACGUCCAUUCUGUGAGCUCCAUUACCAUCACCGCCGGGGAACGCUCUGCCAUGGAUGUGGACAGCCCAUCACUGGCCGUUGUAUCAGUGCCAUGGGGCACAAGUUCCAUCCUGAGCACUUUGUGUGUGCUUUCUGCCUGACACAGUUGUCGAAGGGCAUUUUCAGGGAGCAGAAUGACAAGAUGUAUUGUCAACCUUGCUUCAAUAAGCUCUUCCCCCUGUAAUACCAACUGAUCCACAGCCUCUUCAGGUUCCUUAUACAAUUUAAACCAAGAGAGGAGAGGAAAGGGUAAAUUUGCUGUUCUGACCUUCUGCUUAAUAGUCUUAUAGAAAAAGGUGAUGAGCAAAUAAACUAACUUCUAGACUUUACAUGACUAGGCUGAUAAUCUUAUUUUUGAGGCUUCUAUACAGUUAAUUCUAUACAUUCUCUUUCUCUCUUCUCCAAUCAAGUACUUGGAGUUAGAUUUAGGUCCUUCUAUCUAGUCCCUCUACAGAUGUAUUUUCCACUUGCAUAAUUCAUACCAACACUGGUUUCCUUAGGUUUCUCCAUUUUCACCUCUACUGAUGGCCCUACUCAGAUCUUCUCUAAUUUGGUCCUGAUAUUUGUCUCUUUUCAAGUUUUCCCAUGUCCCUGUGGCUCGCUGUCUUACAAUCACUGCUGUGAAAUCAUGAUACCACUCCUACCUUUUUCCAUCUUCCUUCAGUGUAUUUUUGUUUUCCAAGAGGAAGUAGAUUUUAACUGGACAACUUUAAGUACUGACAUCAUUGAUAAAUAAACCAGCUUGUGGUUUCAAUAA